UGUAGUCGAACACGGACUGUUGUGUAAAGUGUCGAUCGCAGAGGGGGAUUGUUUAACGCGUGUAGCAAGGACACAAGAGCCGCAGCCGCAGCCGCAGCAGCAUCAUGAAUACAAGACACAUUUCAGCGUAAAUGUCACUACACAGCACCUACUCGCACCUGUGUGACUUUUAAAACCGAUAUUUGAGGUUCAGCUGCGUUUAGACGACGAGGCUAAGCUAACAGCGAAGUGGACUGUGGAGUAACCUCUGUUUCUGACAAGAGAAGUGGACAGCAACCACCUGGAAAUACAGGUGCAGCCAUGGUGUUCCUUCAAAGCUACUGUGAAGUCAACGCCUCCAUCUCCCACACCUGGGUGGAUGAAGGCAUCGCCCCAUGCUUCUACUUCACCCUGGUCCCCUCCAUCCUCCUCACCAUCGCCUUCUUCCUCGGCACCGUGCACUGCAUCUUCUACCAGAAAUACGGCACAGCGAUGGAGCCGAAGUUCAUCCCUCGCUCUCGCCUCUACGUCCUCCAGCAGGUCGUCUCCGUCCUCCUCCUGUUGCAGUUUCUGGGUGGGCUGGUGUGGCGAGCCGCCAGCGGGGGAGAGCUCCCGGGUUACGUGGUUCUGUACGGCUGUUUCUCUGCGCUCGGCUGGGUCUGGGCCAUAGCACUGCUCAGGACGGAGAGGCGCAGGGCGCUGGUGAUGGAUCGGACCAGGGGCCACAGCACGGCCCUGCUGCUGUUCUGGGCCCUGGCCUUCUCCGCGGAGAACCUCGCCUUCGUCUCCUGGUACAGUCCUCACUGGUGGUGGGGUCUGGAGGACGAUCAGCAACAGGUGCAGUUUGCCCUGUGGCUGAUGCGCUACACCGGCACCGGUCUGCUCUUCUUCAUCGGUUUCAAAGCUCCCGGGUUACCACGGAGACCGUACAUGCUGCUGAUAAACGAAGACGAGCGGGACGUCGAGAACAGCGCUCAGAGUCUGCUGGGCAGAGCAGACGAGAACCAGUCGACAUGGCAGGGCUUCAGGAAGAAGGUCCGGCUGCUCGUCCCCUACAUGUGGCCCCGAGGAAGCCUCUUCCUCCAGAUGCUCGUCGUCUUCUGUCUGUGUCUGCUCGGAGUCGAGAGAGCGAUUAAUGUCUUUGUGCCUAUUUACUACAAGAAUAUCGUGAAUGAACUGACUGACCAAAGCCCCUGGCGCGCUCUGGCUACUACAGUGUGUAUUUAUGUGCUGCUCAAGUUCUUUCAGGGCGGCGGGGCAGGAGCGUCAGGGUUUAUCAGUAACAUGCGCUCCUUCCUCUGGAUCCGGGUGCAGCAGUACACCAACCGCGUGGUUCAGGUGCGUCUCUUCUCCCACCUGCACUCCCUCUCUCUGCGCUGGCACCUCGGCCGCAAGACGGGGGACGUUCUGAGAAGCAUCGACCGAGGCACCUCCUCCAUUAACAGCCUGCUCAGCUACAUCGUGUUCAGCAUCUUCCCAACCAUCGCCGAUAUCGUCAUCUCCAUCAUCUACUUCAUCACUUACUUCAACGCCUGGUUCGGCCUGAUCGUCUUCGUCUGCAUGACCCUGUACCUCACUCUGACCAUCAUCAUCACCGAGUGGAGAACCAAGUACAGGCGGGACAUGAACCAGCAGGACAACAACGCCAAAUCCAAAGCUGUGGACUCGUUGUUAAACUUUGAGACGGUGAAAUAUUACAACGCAGAGAAUUACGAGGUGAGCCGAUUCGAGGACGCCAUCCUUAAAUAUCAGGUGUCCGAGUGGAAGACUCAGGCGUCCCUGGCCUUCCUGAACCAAACACAGAACCUCAUCAUCGGAUCGGGACUGCUGGCCGGCUCUCUGCUCUGUGCGUACUUUGUGACCGAGGGAAAGUUUCAGGUUGGAGAUUUUGUUCUCUUUGGGACCUACAUCAUCCAGCUGUACACCCCGCUGAACUGGUUUGGAACCUACUACAGAAUGAUACAGAAUUCUUUCAUCGACAUGGAAAGCAUGUUCAAGCUCUUUGAAGAAGAUGAAGAGGUGAAGGACGUCGUAAACGCAGGAAGCUUUCUCUACAAAUUGGGAAAGGUGGAGUUUGAGAACGUUUACUUCAGCUACACAAAUGGCAAAGAGAUUCUCAAGGAUGUUUCCUUCACCGUCCUCCCGGGACAGACUGUUGCUCUUGUGGGUCCAUCAGGCUCCGGGAAGAGCACCAUCGUGCGCCUCCUCUUCCGUUUCUAUGACGUCCAGGGAGGCUGCAUCAGCAUCGACGGCCAGGAUAUUUCAAAAGUAAAACAGAAGUCUCUGCGAGCUCACAUAGGCGUGGUUCCUCAGGAUACCGUGCUUUUCAACGACACCAUCCGGGACAACAUCCGCUACGGACGCAUCGCCGCCAGCGACCAGGAAGUAGAGGAGGCUGCUUUAGCUGCUGAUAUCCACGAUAAAAUCAUGACCUUCCCUGAAGGUUAUGACACACAGGUUGGAGAAAGAGGUUUGAAGCUGAGUGGAGGAGAGAAGCAACGAGUGGCCAUCGCCAGAACGAUUCUCAAAGCACCUCAGAUCAUUCUGCUGGAUGAGGCCACGUCUGCACUGGACACGCAAACGGAACGCAACAUUCAAGCCUCAUUGUCAAAAGUCUGCGUGAACCGUACAACAGUUGUUGUAGCUCACAGGUUGUCUACGAUCAUUGGAGCAGAUCAGAUUCUUGUUAUCAGUGAUGGCCGCAUCGCCGAGCGAGGACGACACGAGGAGCUGCUGCUGAAGGGAGGUCUGUACGCAGACAUGUGGAUGAAGCAGCAGCAGGCCCAGGACUCCGACUCCUCGUCAGACACGGAAACCAAAGACCGACAGUCGGAGAAACUGCAGCCGCCAUCGACGUCUUCAGGCCACCACGGCCACUGAAUGUAUUUAUUACCUCCACAGAUUGAGUCCACUUUUAAUUGUAAGGGUUUCAUUACUUUUAGAACUCUUAGUAUGAUUGAAAUGUUAUUUAUUUUGAGGAUUUUAAAACUGAAUGUGCAAUGGAAAGUGACGGUGUAAAGAUGCCUUCUUGUGGGUGACACUCGCAGCUUUUCAAGGCCUGAUUUAAAAUGACAAAUCGGCCUCUGUUCAUUUUUGCCAUCUGAUUGUCUACGAAAGACAAAUUAAGUAUUUUCUUUUAUAUAUCUGACUUGAUUUAAGUUAUUUAGAGAUACAUAAGGGAGAACAAAGGAUAUAGAAAACAAAACUCUAAUCAGAUUUACAUUUAGUUGGUAUACAAGCUGUAUUCAGUUAUAUUUUAUUAUUGUAAGGUUCUCUCUAGUCAAAGAUUCCUGCUGUCUUUGUAAGUGUGAGUGGAGUGUGUUGCUGGUUUGAUUAGUGGGUUUUCUAAACUGUUGGCAAGGAUGAACAAAUACACAAAAGUUGAAGG